UGCGCCAGCCUGUGUCCUUAAGCCUGUACAAUUACUACGAGGCUACAAACUUCUGCCUGCUAAAGCAAUGGAGGGCAACCGAGUCAAAAUGCCUGUAUAACAUUAGAAGAUAACUAAGAUGCCUGGUUUAGUGUCAUGCCCUGGUGGUCUAAUAGUCAUUGGGAUCCUUACUCUGUCCUUCGUUCACAUCAACUCAGAGAUAUGGAGCAAUGAAGUUUCAGACAUCCAGUUCGGCAGCCUGGGCUCUAACGUCACGCUGAUUUGUGGAGGCGUUCAACACGGCAGGUCUCCGGUGCACUGGUGGCAGAAUGGCAGCUCAGUGCGCUUCAGGCAGCCGCACACUUCCAGCAGCACCCUCGUUCUACUCAACACCACGCACUCCAUGGAGGGCAACUACAGCUGCCACAACCAGAGAGGUGUCCUCCUGCAGACCAUCAGACUCCGCCUAGGCCAUCCUCCUGGUUAUCUCAGUGUUUCCUGCCGAGUGCCAAAUCACUUUAAAGUCCAGUGCUCAUGGACACAGAGGGUGACAACAUACUUGCCCACCAAGUACAUCACCACUUACAGUGUGAGUGACGAAAAGCCGCAGCCCUGUGAGCAGGAGCUUAUUGAUGUCAAUGAGUGCAUCAUCAGUAAUCCUCAGUUUUGGAAGCCCAAGUACCUUGUGAACAUCACGGAGGUCAAUCCCCUGGGCUCCAAUUCCACCAUCACCUUUGUGGAUCUCGCAAAGACCUUAAAGCCCGAUGCUCCUGACACAGUGACUUGUGUGGAAGUGGGCGGUGAGCCCACGCAGCUGCUGGUGCAGUGGAAUCUCCCAAAGUCCUGGCCUGCUGACCCGGCCGCGUUUCCCCUAAAGUUCGAGCUGCAGUACAGGCCAGUGGGAUCUAACCUCUGGUCCAAGCUGGAGACGGAAAACACCAGUGUGAUGAUCAUGGACGCUCUGGUGGGCCACCUGCACCACAUCCGAGUUCGAGCCCAGGACGCUUUCAUAAACCACAGUCAAUGGAGCGAGUGGAGUCAGGUGGUACAGGCCCGACCCUGGAGCGAUCCUUUAUUGAAUACUGAAGAGCCCACACAAGAAUUUUAUGAGAACCCAGUCUUCCCAUCCACGUUUCCAGUGAAGGCAACGGAAAAGUCUCCAGACUCAACGUUUGAUGAAAACGGAAGUAUGAGUUUGUUGAUCGCUCUCGGCCUGUUCGCAGCAGUAAUGGUGGCAGUGGUGUCCGCUAUCACGAUCCUUUUAUGGGUAAGGAAUAGAAGGCGGGACAAUGUAACAAAGCAGGAACUGACCUCCAUGGUGAAGAUGAAGUCCUUGCCUAUCUAAAAUUUUCAGGUUGGCCCUCUGCUCUUUUAGCCCUCAUAGGGCUUCAUCAUAGGGAAUCAUCACCACUGCCACUGCAGCGUGAACAGACUACAAUACCCAAGAUUCCAGCUUUCUCCUGUCGCUGCUUAGGGGAUUGGCUCCUUUCAGCGGAGUUUUGAGUCCCGUGAACUGUGAACCCUUCCAAUUCUGCAAUGUAGCACAACCUAACAGAGAACUCAGAGUUACUGGCUUUCAUUCUUUGACACGCAAAGCAGAUUUGCCAGCUUUGGACCACAAAAACCAGCGUAUUUCAAACUGAACAUGUUUUCAAUUCUCUAACGGCUUCAGCUUUUCCAUGCAGACUUGUGCCAUUUGGCUGCGGUGACACUUGGAAUGCUGUGAAAAAAAAGCAUGGCUGUUAGCCAAUCGUGGGCCGCGCAUUGGGCAUUAUGGAUAAAGUUGGCAUUCUCCACGUUUCAAUGCAAGGAAAGGGACUUGGUGAACAGUUGCUUAUUCCCCAACCUGAACAUAGCUGCUAAACGUGGACGAGCAAACAAAAGCCAGCCAUUUGGACACUUUACUGAUGGAAGCUGAGCAUUUUCAGGAGAAUUUUUUUUUUCGUUCACAUUGAGGUGAUGAUUACUUCAUUGCUUCAUUUCUUUGACCUUUGAAGGGUUCUCCUCACUUAAAGCCUCGACUCGUUUUAAACCAGGUGGACAAAUCUGUAAACAAUCUUCUCAUUGGGCUUAUUUUAAACCAUAAGUGGCCUUUAAAACUCAAUGACAUCAACAGUAAUCUCUCUUAAAAAUCUUUUAUUUCAGUGUCUGUUGCAAGACCAACAAUAAUUACCCUGUAGGCCUCAUGACAGCAAGUUGGCAUUCAGCAGACCACCCCUCCCCCAAACAAAUAAAAAAGAAAAAAAAAACAACUGGUGCUCUGAAAGAAUGCAGUUUAUAGUGUCCGUUUCCCUCAAGAAACAGAAGUGUCAUAGAACGAGGCAUUCACAGAGCUUUGAAACAGAAAGUGAAUGUAAUUACUUGGUCUUACAUUAGAAACACAUGUAAGGCAGAGUUAAAGCCCCUCUCAGGACUUACCACAGCCAUAGCAGGACUAGCACUGAGUAUAGUAAUAGAGAGCAUGGUAAGCGUUCUUAACGUACAUACUGUAUCUUUUAGUAGAUCGAUUGAUCACUGUAUUAUUCAUUCAUAGUUCACCUUUGUCCUUGUCAUGUCUGAUUGCUGCUGAUCAGGUGGUUGAGUGGAGACUGAAUUAAUUUGCAUUGAAUAUGCAAAGCAUUAGAUCACGGAAAGUUCCUGUUAGUCUCCGAAUGACUUCGUCCAUUAUUGCAUUUCCACUGAUCAGUGAGCACCAGAAGUAUGUAAAGUACUGCACAAACGUCAGAGACCACCCUGGAUUUAUUUAAUAUCCUGUAAGUACACGUUAUUCAUUUUCAGCAUCAGGAAAAAAAAACAGAAAA